CCAAUGGGAGAGCAGGGUGCGUGGAUAGAUGAGGUCACGGCUGCCGUGCGGGGAAUGGAAUGUGUGAGACUAGUGCAGAGCGUUCAGCCUAGAACCCCGGCGGCUCCAGCCUUGCGCUCUAGAACCCGGCGGAGCCGAGAGCUGCAGGGGCGCGCGCCCGACUCCCGGUAACGGCUGCCGCCACCCCACCGCAGCCGCGCCGCGCCACCGCUGCAGACACCCGGGGGACGCAGAGACAUGCAGGGAUUCGUCAGGUUACCGGGCUCCGGUGCACGGCUCUGAGGCUUAACCCCUGGCGCGCUGGAUGCCGAGCCCCCGGGAAAGUUGAUGAAGUGCCCCCCGGCUCAGCCCAUUGUCCAUGAAGCAUCCGGUGUCUCCCCGGAGUUGAUCGGGAUCCUUAGCGGUGUGAUUCUACUCAAACAGACAGCAGACAAAACAAAAAGAGCCGAUUUCCCAUCUCUCAAGAUCUCAUCGACCGACGAUGAAAGACCGAUGCGGGGAAAGUUGAACCAAUCGCCCACAUGCGCUGGAUCAGCCCGAGGCUUGGGGAAAGGAAUCCGCAGAAGGUGGGAGAAGAGACUUUGACAUCUUUCCAUUCAGGAAGAUGGCGGAGUGGAGCUGAGAGUGCGGACUGGCAAAGUUUGGGGGCUUUUGUCUUUAUCUCCGACCACCAGCCUGAGCCAGAUCGGACACAUGCAGGCCAAAAAACGCUACUUCACCCUGCUGUCCGCCGGCACUUGUCUUAUCCUGCUCUUCUACUUUGGGAGGUUGCAGUUUAGGACAUCCAGGACUAGGGAUGACCAUGGGGAUCAGGCGGUGCAGAGGGUCCCCGAGCACCCCUGGCCUCACUUGCCUGACCCCCUGCUCCCUUUUAUCCAGUGGGAUCAGGCGGAGAGCGAGGACUUUAACAGUCAGGGUUCCCCUCGACAGAAGCGAGAUGCCAAUUCCAGCAUCUACAAGGGGAAGAAGUGCCGCAUGGAGUCUUGCUUCGACUUCUCCUUGUGCAAGAGGAAUGGCUUCAAGGUCUACACUUACCCCCAACAGAAAGGGGACAAGAUCUCCGAAAGUUACCAAAAUAUCCUAUCGGCCAUCGAGGGCUCCAGAUAUUACACCUCGGACCCUAGCCAGGCUUGCUUGUUCGUCCUGAGCCUGGACACACUAGACCGGGACCAGUUGUCCCCCCAGUACGUGCACAACCUUAAAAUGAAAGUCCAGAACUUGCACCUGUGGAACAACGGUAGAAAUCAUUUAAUUUUUAAUUUAUACUCCGGGACCUGGCCUGACUACACCGAGGACGUCGGCUUCGAGAUCGGCCAGGCCAUGUUGGCCAAGGCCAGCAUCAGCACGGACAACUUCAGGCCCAACUUUGACGUUUCCAUCCCACUCUUUUCUAAGGAUCAUCCCAGGACAGGGGGGGAGAAGGGAUUUCUGAGAUUUAACACUAUCCCUCCUAUGAGGAAGUACAUGUUGGUGUUCAAAGGGAAAAGAUACCUGACGGGGAUAGGGUCAGACACCAGGAAUGCCUUAUAUCAUGUUCAUAAUGGGGAGGACGUGGUCCUCCUGACCACAUGUAAGCAUGGAAAAGACUGGCAGAAGCACAAGGACUCCCGUUGUGAUAAAGACAACGCCGAAUAUGAGAAGUAUGAUUAUCGUGAAAUGCUGCACAAUGCCACUUUCUGUCUCGUCCCCCGUGGCCGCAGGCUUGGUUCCUUCAGAUUUUUGGAGGCUCUCCAGGCUGCCUGUGUUCCAGUAAUGCUGAGUAACGGCUGGGAGUUACCAUUCUCGGAAGUGAUUGAUUGGAACCAAGCUGCAGUUAUUGGGGACGAGAGAUUGUUAUUACAGAUUCCUUCUACAAUCAGGUCUAUCCAUCAGGAUAGGAUCCUCGCACUUAGACAGCAGACACAGUUUUUGUGGGAAGCUUAUUUUUCCUCAGUGGAGAAGAUUGUAUUGACUACACUAGAGAUAAUUCAGGACAGAAUUUUCAAGCACAUAUCACGCAACAGUUUAAUAUGGAACAAGCACCCUGGAGGACUCUUUGUGCUGCCCCAGUACUCAUCAUAUCUGGGUGAUUUUCCCUACUACUACGCUAAUCUAGGUGUAAAAUCGCCAACAAAGUUUACCGCCGUCAUCCAUGCUGUGACACCGCUGGUCUCCCAAUCCCAGCCAAUCCUGAAGCUGCUGGUUGCUGUAGCAAAGUCUCAGUACUGUCAUCAGAUCAUAGUCUUGUGGAAUUGUGACAAGCCGCUCCCUGCCAAACACCGCUGGCCUGCCACUGCUGUGCCUGUCAUAGUUAUUGAAGGGGAGAGCAAGGUCAUGAGCAGUCGUUUUCUUCCUUACGAUAACAUAGUGACGGAUGCUGUACUCAGCCUCGAUGAGGACACGGUGCUAUCCACGACGGAGGUGGAUUUUGCCUUUACAGUUUGGCAGAGUUUUCCAGAAAGAAUUGUGGGUUACCCGGCCCGUAGUCACUUUUGGGACAGCACAAAGGAGCGAUGGGGUUACACUUCUAAGUGGACUAAUGACUACUCCAUGGUACUAACCGGAGCUGCUAUCUACCACAAAUACUAUCAUUACCUGUACACCAAUUACUUGCCUGCCAGUCUGAAAAACAUGGUGGACCAAUUAGCCAAUUGUGAAGAUAUCUUAAUAAACUUCCUGGUGUCUGCCGUAACCAAGUUGCCACCAAUCAAAGUGACACAGAAAAAGCAGUACAAGGAGACCAUGAUGGGACAGACCUCCAGAGCUUCUCGCUGGGCAGACCCCGACCAUUUUGCUCAGAGACAGACUUGUAUGAAUACGUUUGCCAGCUGGUUUGGCUAUAUGCCGCUCAUUCACUCACAGAUGAGACUGGACCCUGUGCUCUUUAAGGAUCAGGUCUCCAUCCUACGGAAGAAAUAUCGUGACAUUGAACGACUUUGAGACAUUUACUGCCACCGGAAUGAGCCUUCUGCCCAGUGCGUCGCCAUACACACAUGGACAACUGCUUAUGAACGGUUGAUUGUGCCGCUUCCACACAUGGAAAAUACACAAUAGAGCUUGGAACCAGGACUUUGGGCGUCUGGACUCCAUUGCACUGGACUGCUUACAACCACCACCGAGCUUUGUCGUCUCAGAACUAGGCUGUGUACAGUUUAAUUAUGGAACAUUAAAUAAUUAUUUUUGAAAUGAUUGCUAUGCAGGUUUAAACUUUUUUAAUGAACAAAAACUAUUAAAAUCAGAGAUCUUUCUUUAA